AUCUCAAGAGGUGCGGAGUUUUUCCAGAUUUUCAAGGUGUUUUCUACGAUUUAUUUCAUUAUCGGUGAAGAAAAUUAGUGCUACAGAUUGGAAAAUGUUGUCGUGAUCGUACUGGACCUUUACCGCAGAAGAGCACACGAUGGGCAACGACCAGUCCGCGCUGAAGGGGCUGGAAAUCAGCAAGAAGGCCCUGCAGGUUACGGAUUAUUGGUCGCAGUACAACGGAGAGUUCCCUACGGAUUCGUCGGUUUCGUACAUCUCGAUAUUUCAGGGCGAGACGCUGGUGACGGGCCCGUUCUGGACGAAUCAGAAUCCGCUGGAGCGGGUGAUAAAGAAUUUGAAAAUUUAUCGGCAUCCAAGCAUUUUGAAGUACAUUUCGUCAUGGAGCAAGGGAUCGCUGAAAAUGCUGGCGACGGAACGGUGCCGCCCGUUGGCGACUUGCUUGAACAUCACGAGCGACGUGCAGAUCUGUCUUGGGCUGAGGAACAUUCUGUGCGCGUUGAUAUUUUUGAUUGAGCAGGCAAAUGUUCGGCACUUGAGUAUAAGCAUUUCUUCGGUUUACGUUACGGAGGAUGGGGCGUGGAGGUUGGCCGGGUUCGAGCAUUUGUGGCCGAGUGCGGACGGAACGCUGCUGGAAAAGUCCCAACCGUAUCGGUACUCGAAGGCCAUCGAUCCGGACGAGCUGAAGAAUAAAGGGCAGGGAGUUGAGCAGUUUGCGUUUGCGGUCAUGUGCGAGGAAAUUCUGCACAACAAAAGCGACAGCAACAUCCCGGCGGUGGAGGACUUCAAGUCGUACUGUGCCACCCACCUGAAGCAUGCCAACGUGACGAUGCGACCGAAGUUGUCGGCGAUUCUGCUGCAUCCUCUGUUCAACCAUGAUUUCAUUCUGAUACAUUCCUUUUUGACGGAGCUGCCGCUGAAGAGUCCCCAGGCGAAGCAGGAAUUCUUCACCGGUUUGGCGGACCGGUUGCGGACGUUUGACCCGGAGACGGUGGCCGAGCAGAUGGGUUCGCUGUUGCUGUCGCGGAUCGUUUUGUUGGACACGACGGCCCAGCUGUGCGUCACGCCGUACAUUCUGAGGCCGAAAAGUGACGACCUUUCGUCGGGGCUGUUUGCGGCCAAGAUCUUCUCGGCGUACAUUAUUCCAAAGCUGAAGCAGGUGUUUUGCGUCCAGGACGCGCAGAUUCGGCUCACGUUGUUGGAGUUUUUCCCCGCGUACGUUGAUUUCUUCAGCAAGGAAGACUUGAAGGAGCACAUUCUUCCGCAGCUCCUCCUCGGCGUCAAAGACACCAACGACGUUCUGGUGGCCAAGACGCUACUCUGCCUGGCGGACCUCGUCCCGAUCCUCGGCUCGGCCGUCGUAAUCGGUGGCAACCGGAGCAAAAUCUUCGCCGAUGGACGUCCCCAAGGCGUCCCAGACCAGUCGCUGCCUUGGAGCGGCGUCCGCUCCAUCACGCCGGUCAUCGGUUCCGGCGAGUUCCUCUCCGGCAGUCCCCUCCCACCAAGCACCGGUGAAGCGGUUGAAAACAGCGCCGCCUCGUUUGCGUCGAUCGUCGGCGGUGGCGCCACCGGAUUCGACUUUAUGCCGCAACGACUCUCGCCGGAGGGUGGCCACACCAACAGCGAUGUCGAACUGGAGGUGGACGAGUGGAGCGACUGGGAGAACGACGUCAACGAGCACACGGCAAGUCACGCCAUCAACCAACCGCAGGAAGAUCCGGAACGAAGCGAGGAAGACAGCACUGCCACAACCGUUGCCGCGGCGGCCAUCGCGCCGAGCAAACCCGACCGGCAACGUUCCGUCCCACCGGCUGAGAGUAUAGAGAACCUGGACAUUAAGACGCAACCGGUGCGGAAGGCGGAAUCUUCCGGCGGCGACGAGGAGAUUGACUUCUUCAAGGACAUGGAACCGGUCAUUCAGCGGGCGAACGUGCUGCUGAUCAACGAGGACGAGGAGGAACCGGCGGAGCAGCGGGAUGAUUCCGGCGAAGAAACGAUUCCACUGACUGCGGUGAAGAGUCCCGACAAGACGAAGGUUACCACCGGAGAGCAGGAAUCGCCGCUGAUUCAGGUUGAUCGAAGUCGGUUCGACGUCAAGGUCGACGAGCUGGAAGCGGACGAGGACGGAUGGGACAACGAAGAGAGUGAGUGGUGAAGAGGUAUUUGAGGUAUUUUUAAGCCUAUUCGUACUUUUGUGUUUGCGUGAUGAAAAAAUUCUUGUUAGUGAAUGAGGAUAGUGCAAUGCCGGAUUUUGUUUGUUUGUAAGCCACGCAUCACUCUAAUGAACCACCCUGUUGUAUGUUUUAAUCCAGCUCUUUAGCGUAUCGGGAUAUGACCACUUAUCAAUAAAAUUAUGCAAAACAA